AUGGUGAAUGACUCCUCCAAAUCGGGUGCUGGCGAAAACGAAAUAUACAAACCUAUAUGGUUUGGAUAUGAUGCUAUAGAUUCUUUUCUUAACCAAGGACUAACUCCGAAGAAAACAAUAAACACAAAGUUGAAUGAUUCGCAUGUACCUAAUGUUCAUUCUAUGCUAGAAGAACAAGAAAAUCAUACAGGUCUUUCUCAUAUUGGAUCCGUUACCACACCGUUUGACAUUUCACCAGUUCCUACAGCUAGAAAACGUACAUCUAAUAGGGGUCGUAAAUCGGGAAAAUCUGAAAUUAUUUCAAGUUCACCUUACAAAACUGAACUGGAAGAAACAGAAAAAAUAACAACUGAAAAGUUGAAGAUACUAGCUAGAAAUGAAGAUCAGGGCAACAUUAAAAACCAAGGAAAAGGAAAAAGUAAGGUGGCUGUAUUUGCACCUGUGUGCGUGGGGGAACACGUCGAGACGUGUUCAACCUGUGGCAGUCGGGCGAGCGUCAGCUUGCGCAUCGGUCACUCGCUCUACGCCAUUUUGUUUUUCGGACGCUCAAGAAAAACGACACUAACGAAAAAGCGAAAGCAAAAAGACAACGAAAGCGGAGAAGAUGAAAAUGAAGAAUGGUUUUGCCUAGUCUGUGUGGAGCCUUAUUCUCAUAGCAGAAGUAACGAGUGCUGGAUUAAAUGCAACAAAUGUCAGCUUUGGGCUCACGAAGCCUGUACUCCACAGGAAGGCAUCAGUUACACCUGUCAUAACUGCGAAUCUGAUGAUUCUGACUAG